AUGUCGUUCCAGCAGACUGCAGCUGCAGCCCUCCUGCUACUCGAGCUUAGCGUUGUCGGUGCAUUGGGCCUUGCAUUGUAUCGCCUCUAUUUCCACCCUCUCCGCCGAAUCCCCGGACCGAAGCUUUAUGCCGUCUCUGGACUGCCGCUGGCCGUCAACAAUCAGUUCAAAGGUCUUUUCAACAGAGACGUCCUGAAGUUCCAUGAGAAGCACGGAGAUAUUGUUCGUACCGGACCGAACCAACUGUCCUUGAACGGAAACUUUUGGCCUGAGGUUUUCGGACUUGCUCGUAGUGGUAAACCCGAGUUCUCUCACUGGGAUGACUUUUACCAGCACGGAGACAAGUCGAACCAAUCUCUUUUUCCUGCCGACAAGGAGAAUCAUCGACGCCAACGCCGUGUCAUCGCACAUGCAUUCUCAGAUGCUGCCGUCAAGGAGCAGGAGACACUGGUCAAGAAGUAUGUUGACAUGCUCUUCGACCAUCUUCGGAGUGACGCCGUACAAGGCCAGCCAACGGACAUGCUCAAAUGGUACAACUUCACGACUUUCGACAUCAUCGGAGACCUAGUCUUUGGGGAACCAUUCAACUGCCUGAGCAAUAGCAACUACCAUCCUUGGGUCGACGCGAUAUUCGGCGCCAUCAAGUCCGGCACUCAGGACGUUGCAUUGAUGAAGAUGCCUUGGAUCCGCUGGCUUCUUGCAUUGAUGGUAUCCAAAGAAGACUUGCAGAAGCGUAUCGAUAACAAGGCGAUGAGUAAGGAGAAGACGAACCGGAGACUAGCACUUGGUCCAGCACCCAAUGGCCGAAAGGACAUCAUGACUUACAUCCUCCGUCACAACGACGAGAAAGGCAUGACUCAUGCAGAGAUUCACGGUAAUGCUGAAGCUCUGAUAUCGGCUGGUAGCGAGACGACAGCCACCGCACUUUCGGGCUUGACCUACUACAUCACCACGAACCCGCAGGCUCUGGAGAGGAUCCAAGAAGAGGUUCGGACAGCCUUCGAGACUGAGGACGACAUCACGAUGACUAGUACGGCGCAACUCAAAUACCUGCACGCCUGCAUUGAGGAGACGCUGCGAUGCUAUCCGCCUGUCGCAGAGACACCGCCGCGUGUGUCGCCCGGAGAGUACACUCAAAUUGUGAUGCACCAGUGGGCCAUCUACCACAACCCCAGCAACUUCGCUGAACCCGACGCCUUCAAGCCUGAGCGCUUUCUCAGCCCCGAGCACCCGUACUAUGACCCGCAAUUCAGCGCAGACAAAAAGACAACGUUCCAGCCCUUCUCGUUCGGUCCGCGAAACUGCGUCGGCAAAAACUUGGCCUAUGCUGAGCUACGACUUAUUGCUGCUCGCCUGUUCUGGAACUUCGAUUUCGAACUUCGCCCCGAAAGUCAUGACUGGCCGGAUAGACAGAAGGCUUUUUUGGUGUGGGAGAAGAUUCCGUUGUGGGUUCAGCUGAAGCAGGUGGAGAGGAAUUAG